GUUUUCUCCUCAUCCCCUGCCUCCUCUGCUACACCUCAUUGCAUCUUGCUCAGCCAGAUUCGCUCGUGUUGUUGGGUCUGCUUUGAGCAAUGGCCAACCUCACCGACCUCGUUAACCUCAACCUCAGCGACUGCUCCGACAAGAUCAUCGCCGAGUACAUCUGGGUUGGAGGAUCUGGCAUAGACCUCAGGAGCAAAGCGAGGACCGUGAAAGGCCCCAUCACCGAUGUGAGCCAGCUGCCGAAGUGGAACUACGAUGGUUCCAGCACCGGGCAGGCUCCCGGAGAGGACAGCGAAGUGAUCCUCUACCCUCAAGCCAUUUUCAAGGACCCAUUCAGGAGGGGUGACAACAUCCUUGUGAUGUGCGACUGCUACACGCCACAAGGUGAGCCAAUCCCCACUAACAAGAGGUACAAUGCUGCCAAGAUCUUCAGCCACCCUGAUGUAGCUGCCGAGGUGCCAUGGUACGGUAUUGAGCAGGAGUACACACUCCUUCAGAAGGAUGUGAACUGGCCCCUUGGCUGGCCAGUUGGUGGCUACCCUGGCCCACAGGGACCAUACUACUGCUCUGCUGGUGCCGAUAAGGCGUUCGGCCGCGACAUCGUGGACGCCCACUACAAGGCCUGCAUUUACGCCGGCAUCAACAUCAGUGGCAUCAACGGGGAAGUCAUGCCCGGCCAGUGGGAGUUCCAAGUUGGCCCGUCAGUUGGCAUCGCCGCUGCUGACCAAGUGUGGGUUGCCCGCUACAUCCUCGAGAGGGUCACAGAAGUGGCCGGAGUCGUGCUCUCGCUCGACCCAAAACCGAUUCAGGGUGACUGGAACGGCGCUGGCGCCCACACCAACUUCAGCACCAAGUCGAUGAGGGAGCCGGGAGGCUACGAGGUGAUCAAGAAGGCGAUCGACAAGCUGGCGCUGAGGCACAAGGAGCACAUCGCCGCCUACGGCGAGGGCAACGAGCGCCGCCUCACCGGCCGCCACGAGACCGCCGACAUCAACACCUUCAAAUGGGGCGUGGCGAACCGCGGCGCGUCCAUCCGCGUGGGGCGCGACACGGAGAAGGAGGGCAAGGGGUACUUCGAGGACAGGAGGCCGGCGUCCAACAUGGACCCCUACGUCGUCACCGGCAUGAUCGCCGAGACCACUCUCCUCUGGAAAAACUAAGCCUGCCUCUCGUGCAUUUCUGCCGCCGUUCGUUCGGCCGUUCCCCCACCCAAAAAAAGGAAAAAACAAACAAAAAAACGUACGCUUUGCAUCAGCCCGUGAUGUGUCAACGUUGGAUUCCGGUCUCGGUUUCUUCCUUGCCGUGGCGUCGUCGACGAGGUUCCUUUUAAUUUUACUACUAGCUGUCCUGUUCAACCAGUGUCAUUUUGUGUACCCUGAAUAAUAAUAAUGCUUGUAAAACGGAUUUACUUUUUCCGUAGGGACGGAUGUUAAGUUCUUAAUUUCCUAUAUUGUGAUUUAUGGAAA